AUGCUCGACAACUUUAACCAGUUUGCUACCACCAAGUCGUCCAAGUGUGGUGUUGACGAAAUGACCCACUAUGUUAAACCGACGCUCCAAAAGAAACCAAAGCAUAUUAUCCUGCACAUAGGUACCAAUGACCUGCAAACGAAAUCGCCAGAUGCGUUAAUUAAAGCUGUAACAAAACUUGGAGAGGCCAUAACGCAAGAAAUAAGUGGUAUUGAACUUACGCUGUCGGAAGUCAUCACAAGAACCGACGAUUUGCAACUUGCUGAUAAGGUAAACAUUUACAAUAAUAAAUUAGACAAUCUAUGUACUGAACGCAAUUGGGGAUUUAUUACACAUAAAAGUAUCACUAAGACUAAUUUAAAUAGCUAUGGUUUGCACUUAAACCAAAGAGGAACAACUGCAUUGUCAAGAAACAUAAAACAGUUUUUAAACUAGGGAUCCAAGGAUAGUGUGAAGUUUCAAAUUGAAAAAGUCACUGCAAGAGCUGUAUUAUUUACAGUUACAUAAUUUAUUUACAGUAUUUCAGCAUCACUUUCGGAGCGACAGGCUUGCGUUGCAGAUCGGAAGAACAAUUGCCUCGUGUGA